UUUCACGCAACUGAGAACUGCACACCUUCACCAGGUUGUAGACAUGGCCUCAGAUCAGUUGAUGGUUGCCGCUCUGAAUCACCCUUUCGCUUUGGGGAUGCUUUACGAUGCAAGAAGACAUAAACUGAACACAGAUUUCACGCUGUGGGACAGGGAAACUAUUGAAAAAAACAGCACUAGGCAGCCUCAGACUGGCAGCACCUAUGAAAUUUCUGCAUCAGACUCCAUCGAAUCCAAGUCUUCCCUCCUGAAAAUAGAUAAUCAUUCCAAAACCAGUUGGUUGUGUGGACUGAUUGAAAGUAGCGGGUCUUCCAUUUUUCUGAAUGACAACAAGCAAUUCAAGAACCAGAGCAGAGUGACGCUUCAGUUCACAGCUACAACUGCAUAUGAACGUCUGACAAUGACUCACCUCGAAGCAAAGAACACACAAAUACAAGACGUCAUUAAGAAAUGCCGCGCAACUCAUGUAGUCACAGGCAUCCUGUAUGGGGCGAAUGCUAUAUUUGUGUUUGACAGUGAAAGGUUAGGAACCAAUGUUCAGAAAAUGGAAGAGAGCAUGAAGGCUGCAGUAAAGAGGAUUAUGAUCUAUUGUUCUAAGACAACAGAACAUGAACCCUUGCCAAGAAGUGAUGAAGAAAAAGAUGUGACUGAUAAAUUCUCCUGCACAUUCUACGGAGACUUCAUUCUUGACAGCAACCCUACAACAUUUGAAGAUGCAGUGAAGACUUGCUCACAGCUUCCAAAGCUCAUUAGAGAAAAUGGAGAGAACUCAAUUCCUGUCAAAGUGUGGUUGACACCGCUGAAGAAUCUGGAUCCAACUGCUGAAGAGCUGAAGGGAGAGAUUUGUGUUGGGUUACUGAGGAAAGCUGAGAACGCCCUACAAAACCUAAAAGAAAUGGAAAUGAGAUGCAAUGAUUCUCUGGAUGAAGAACUGGUUCAAAGUUUUCCGCAGAUUCACAAAGAGUUGAGCCACUUCCAACACCUCUGUGAAGAUAAUGCAAAAAAACUCCGACAGACCAUGAAGGACACAUUCCCUUCUAUUCUUGAAGGUAAAAAAGAUGACAAUUCACUGGAACAACUCUUAGACGACCAGAAGACGUCACCAUUCAGUAUGGAGAACUUAGACAAGUGGUUAGAUAAUACAGAGAGAGAAAUCAACGUCAUCAGGUCCUGUGUGGAAAAGAUGGAGGGAAUAAAGAUCGCCAAAGAUGAGGCAGAGUGGGACAGAGGGGUUCUCAUUCCAGGUGUCGAGGAUGCUCUGUGCUUUGUUUUCACCUCCCUGGAAACUGACGACCCCUACCUGGACCAGAUGUACAACUACCUACGUUGUCAUGACAGUCACUACAGUUUCAGUCCACCAACAAAAGAAAAAUGGUUCUUCUCAGAAAAAGUAUUAGCGAACAUGAGACAGAAAGCUGGAGAUUUCUGCAGCAUUGCCAAAGGCCUGAAGAGCAGCAGCAAAUUUAGUUUCAUUGUGGCAUCAGAAAGAAAUAAGAAAUACCAAGGAGCAACCAUCUACCAUUACAGGAACGGCAGUUUGAUGACUCAAGAUUUUUCAAAGCCUGCUGUUCCUAGUGUGGCUUCUGUGAAAGACCGACGAGAUCUAUUCUGGUACACCUGUGAUCUCACCCUGGACCCAAACACAGCAAGCAGCUACCUGAUUCUGUCUGAGGAGAACAAGAAGGCGGCAUGUGGAGCAUGGCAGAAUUAUCCUGACCUCCCUGAGAGGUUUGACACGAUGCCACAGGUUCUCUGCAUGGAGGAGCUGACUGGGCGCCAUUACUGGGAAGUGGAGUGGAGCAAUGGUUACAACAAUAAUGUUGGUGUAGCUGUUACAUACCGAAGCAUUGGAAGGAAGGGAAAAAGUGAUGAGACACAGCUCGGUAAUAAUCACAAAUCCUGGUAUUUUAGUUUGUAUGAGAAAAACCUCAGUGCAUGGAAUAAUGGUAAAGUGUGGAGCGGCACUCUUCCCAGUGCCGGCUGCAGCAGAGUUGGAGUGUUUCUUGAUUGGCCUGCUGGCACUUUGUCUUUCUACCAGGUCUCACAUAAUGCACUGACUCACUUCUACACCUUCCACACCACAUUCACAGAGCCUGUGCACCCAGUGUUGCACGCCUAUUACACAUCCAACUAUGUUGCCCUGUGUCCAGUUUAA